GCGGAGACAACGGCAGACUGGGGUGUGUGAGCCACAUCUGGAAUAGUAGCUACAGAGAAACAGUCCAGAGGAGCACAACUUUCUGAGACUUUCUGCAACUCUUUACUGCAACACUCAUUUUCCAAGGAACCAAAUCUCCUGCUUUGCUUUUAUCUGCUUCAAAAUGAUGCUCAUUCUGCUUGGCGUGCUUAUCCUGCACCUCAUCAUUCUUAUUCUCCUUAUAGUGUCGACAGCAGCCAGUGCAUGGCAAAUCGGGGGUGGUUCCAGCAAGGAUCUGUGGUACUCCUGCCAGGCAACCAAUGGAGGGGUCCACUGCAGACCAGCCAGCAACGACGAUUGGAUCCAGGCGGUACAGGCCCUCAUGAUCCUGGCUGUUCUCUUUUGCUUUUUUUCCCUCAUCGCAUUCCUCUAUCAGCUCUUCAAAAUGGUCAAGGGUGGACGGUUCUACUUCACCGCCAUUUUUCAGAUUUUGGCCAGUCUUUUCGUGAUGUGUGCGGCCAUCAUCUACACUGCAAUGAAACCAGAUGAUCAGAACAUGACCUAUGGUUAUGCCUAUGUCCUGGCCUGGGUGGCAUUCCCCCUGUCGCUGGUCAGCGGGCUCAUUUAUAUUGUCCUGAGGAAGAAAGAAUGAGAGGAGCAGCGAGGGAGGAGGAGCGGAGCAGGGGGAGCUUGGGGACCCCUUUAGCAGAACAUCGCACUGUGCCUACUGCCCACAGACCUUAGACUUACAGACAUCGCCAAAAUUCAAGUGGAUAAGUCACUAACAAUUGUACAUAAGUGGAAGACAAUGUAGUUGACAAAAUGCCUGUCAUCAUCUUGUGUUUACCAUCAAGUGCCUUAAAUUUCACAUUUCAAUUGUUGCUGAGGUAUCGACUGGUGUUGCAUGCUAGAAACUUUUUAAAUUUGAGAUACAACAGUACAGUGGUGUACAUAGUGUCUGUGGUUUUUAGACAUAUUUAUAACAUUGUAACAUUACAAUUGUUUUGUACAUAGUCUUGUCAAGUUAACAUUUGUCUAAUUGCUUUUGUAUGUGAUAGAGUUUGUCUCUCACAGAUCAUGCAGCUGUGCCAAAGAAAUGAUAAUGCUUCCAUUUGCCAGAUUAUCAAGCUUCUUAAACUGUCUUAUUUCUGAGUGUUUUUGUGUUUUACUCUUAGUUAGAAUCUGUUUUUAUUGAAGGAAAAAAGAAAGGAACAACACGUGUUAAUUCGCUCAUGAAGUUUUUUUUCUUCUUAAUAGUACUUGAUAUGUCAAAAUAUAUUUUUUUGCAUUUCCUACUCAUUUUUUUUUGAAAAUGGUGCUUUUUUAUCUACAUUUAUUGAAAUGUAUAGCUUUUGUGUUAUGCCGUGUGUCAUGCAUUGUGAUUAAUUUGCAUUGUACAAACCCAAGUUUGCAUUUUUGUCAAUAUUCUUCUAAAUAAACAAUAUAAAAAUAA